UGUUUGAACAAAUUUGCUGGUACCAGUGCGUGAUUAUUAAGUCAAUGUCUUGGUUUCAGUUGAAACAUAGCAAGCUGAUCGCCGCAUGGUUCAUUGAGCACUGUUUAACGCAAGCAGGUGGCAAAAGGUACCAAACAACCCUCCAAUGGGAAGCGAAUUGACAAAAAAAUUGAAAAUUGUUUUUGCUUGUUCAUAGCGAAACAUUUACACUUACAAGACGUUUAUAAAGUGCCUUAUUUAGCAGCAAAAGCGCCUUUAGAAACUGCAAUCGAGCCGCUCUAAAUCAACUUUACACCGCACAUUUUGAAACGCUUAAAUUUUCGACCUCGUUUAGGACACAUUAACACCGUAAAUUUAACCACACAGGUUGAGAAACAUCGUUGAAUACAAUAUCUUGUACAUGUCAUGGAGGUUUUUCAAGAACACCGAGAGAAUGGAUGAUGAUGUGGACUUAUCGACGGCCCAUGUAGUAAAUAAUGGUUGCUGAGAAUGUCCUUCGAUACAGAUUGUUUUAACUCGAGGGGUUUUUAUCCCUUAGACACGAAAGGCGCUGAAGAAUACUUAGUGGUCUUAAAAACACCACAGAAAUCUUUUCUUGAGAUCUUACAGAGUGGUUUUGUAAGCUCGCACAAUUUCUCUAACAUGUCUUGCCCCCAGCAAUCUCCGAGAAAGAAGAAAGCAAAAGAAGCGAACAGCGACGACGAGGACGAUCAAGAAGACGACAUUCCAACAACUUACGAACUGUGGCAAGAUUUCCUGCAUAGCCUGACCCUUCACGGGUUUCGUUUCAUAUUUGAAGAAGGACCUAAAAUUCGUCGUAUUUUCUGGCUCCUCAUUUUGAUUCUUGCUGUUAUGAUGUUGCUUUUGCAAGGCAAGAAAAGCAUACAAAAAUUCUUUGAUCGCCCGACUACUACCACGGUGCAAGUGGAGUUUUUGGAUCAGAUUGUAUUUCCCGCUGUUUCCAUCUGCAACUUUAAUUUGUUUCCAUAUUACCUCAUAAAUGGCACCAUAGGAGAAAAGGUUAUGUCCAUUCUUGCACCUCAAAAAUACAUUGACAACAAGGAAGAAGUCCUGUUCGCACGUUCACCAAUUCCGAACUUUCUUAAUUACCUUCGUCGCCGUCGCCGCGAAAAGGAUACGAAAAAAGGCGACGACGACGAUGACGUCGAUGUUCUCGACGACACGUCGAUCGACAUUGACGAUUCUUUCGACUUUGCCCAGUUCGUGAGGACUCAUGGGCAUCGGAUUGAUCACAUGAUCAAGAAAUGUCGAUGGAAAUCACAGCCUUGCGGACCUGAGAAUUUUACUGCCGUGAUAACUGAAUUUGGUCUUUGUUACACGUUUAACUCAGGUUUGAAAGGUCAUCCUCUUCUUAAGGUGCAGCGUGCUGGAGUAGACUACGCUCUUAGACUGUCCCUGAGCGUUCAGCAAGAUCAGUACUAUGGGUCACUUAGAGACUCGUCUGGGUUCAAGGUCAUGGUGCAUGAUCAAGAGGAACCACCGCUGAUCAAUGAGCUUGGUUUUGCAAUCCAACCAGGAACACAUACAUUCUGUGGUCUCAGGAAGGAAGUGAUGCACAAUCUUCCGCGCCCGUUUAAAACAGCAUGUGAGGACAAACAUUUAGCCGGUUUUAAAAAGUACACAAAGUCUGCCUGUCUCCUGAAGUGUCGUGCUGACUACAUCAUCGGCAUGUGUAAAUGUAGAUCUUACGAUUUGGAGGGUGAAGCUCCACCCUGUUUACCGCAACAGGUCAAGAAUUGCGUUUGGCCCGCGAUGGAAAUAUUCCGAAACGAAAGUAAUAACUGUGAGUGCCCAGUGCCCUGUGAGAUAACAAAAUAUCAAGUGCAACUGAGCUAUGCCCAGACCCCCGCGAAACAUUUCUCAGAGGUACUGGCGAAGAGAAAACACGUUAGGAAGGACGUCAUGAGGCAUUACUUAAGGGAUAACUUCCUCGAGUUGGAUGUGUACUUUGAAGAGAUGCAAGUUACGCUUAUAACUCAGAGGCCAGCAUAUGAUCAGGAAAGCUUGUUUGGUGACAUUGGUGGUCAAGUAGGGCUGUUUCUCGGUGCUAGUAUUCUAACAGUGUUGGAAUUUGGGGACCUUCUGGCGAGGAUUAUUGUCAACAAGAUCAAAAGGAAUCAACGACGACACGCUCGGACAGUUUGAUUAGAUCACUUUUUGGUCUGAUUAACUAAAGUUCGAAAGCAAUUUCGAUCCACGAAAUGGCCGAGCAGUUUGCGAUUCCUGAUUUUUACUAAACUUUACGUACGCCUCGGAAAAAAUGCUACCAAAAGUAGUUUUGAUAACCAGCUUGACCAGCUGGAUGGACUGCGCACCGGAAAUGCUGUGAAAAGGCGAUUUCCGAAAAGAGUACUAGUGUCACCUUUAAUUACUCAAGGGGAAAGGAAGACUUCAGGCGGAAAGAGUCGGAGGAGCCGCCUUGAGGAUAUUAUUCUAAAGCUAGAAGAAGUAGCCUGCAAUGUAGGGGUCUUAUUAGGGCGAGUAAACAUUACAACUGAGCUUCUAAUCGUUUAAUUGACCGGCCAUGUUUUAUAUGGCGUUAGAUUGAACGGUAGGGAAGGGGGGGGGGGCGAGGAAGGAACCCAGCCCCUCCCCUCGCCCUCUUUUUGACCGUUGUUCACCCCCUUGGUACAAACUAUUUUCUCUCCCCAACCUUCCAACACUAAAAUUCAAGGAUGGCAGCCAUAAUUGCGCCAAAAUUACGCAAGAACUUCGCAAAAACUGCGACUGCUUUGCAGCCUAAACUGGAAGCAAAGAUGAGGUCUAGGAUUCCACAAGUUGGUGUAUGGAGAAGAAUAAGGAAUACUACAUUUGACUUAUUAAGGGAUUCACUGACCAGGACUACUCAAAGUCAGCCGUAAAACUUGCAUAGCAUUCAACCAAUUAUUUAUUUAGUCUUUCUUUCGUAUUCACAUAGAAUUCGAAGUUUCAGGAGAGUGGCGUCUAAGUGAAAGUAAAGAAGGUGCCAUUUUCCGUAAAGUUUUAUAGAGGCUAGUCACGGGCUAAAACAAGUAGAUCAUGUUACAAAAAUAAGAUUCGUUUUUGUUAUUUUUAACCCUGCAGUUCAAAGAAACCUCAAAUUGUGUCCAGAAAAGACUUUCUUGCCAAAAUAGUCGGUUUCUUGUAGAAACCUCUUAUACAUUUUUUUUAAACAGCAAUCACCCGGUAAAUGCUAGAAAACUUUGAGUGAAUUUAGAAACAAGUUUGAUAACUUACCAGAAAGUGCCGUUUGUGCAUGCGCUUCAUUUAAAAUACCUCCUUAGUUUCAGGUAUUCUUUUCAGUGUCUUGGAUCAAGGAAUCUCAUCAGAAUUAAUCACUCCUUGUUGUCUUUAAGAAGUAGUUUUUGGGAAAAACGUUUACACUUUGUCUCAUUCAAUAUCCGUACGAUGUAAAUAUUUAAGAUAUUGUGUUUAAUCAUAACAUUUAUAAUCUCUUAAAAUAUGAUGGGCGCAGAAGUUGCUUUAUUUUCUUUAAUAACUCUGUAGUUGUAAUCAGACCGUUGGCUGUAAUCGGACACCUAUAGUCGGACAGUUAACGUAGCCGAUCGGCUAAAUCCACCAAUCCACCAACUUGAUUACAAUAAACAUAGCUACAACCACUUUCCUACAGGCUGGGGAAUUUCCAUAGUGGAGGAAUUUUUUACUUCAGA